AUGUGGCAGGUCACUGCCCGCUCCCUGUGCCGGGCCAGCUCCCGCGCCUGGCAGAGGCGGCUGCCCUGGCCCGGCCCCAGCCCCACGCCGGCAGCCCCGGGGCGCGGCAGCCCCGCGCGGACUCCCGGGAUGGCCUCCGCCCGCGGCCUCGCCGCCGUGGCCCCCUCCAUCCGCCUCUCGCCCGCCGCCCGCAGCCUCUUCGAUGAGCCGCUGGCCAUCGCCGUGCAGGGCCUCGGCCCGCGGCAGCAGGUCACGCUGCGGACCUCCUUGCGAGACGAAAUGGGCGAGCUCUUCCAGGCCUGCGCCCGCUACCAGGCGGGGGACGACGGGGAGCUGGACCUCGCCCGCUGCCCCGCGCUGCCGGGAGGCAGCUUCUCCGGCCUGGAGCCCAUGGGGCUGCUCUGGGCUUUGCAGCCCCAGAAGCCUUUUAGGCGGCUGGUGAAGCGGGACGUGCAGCGCCCCUUCCUCCUGCAGCUGGAGGUGCUUGAGGGUCACGGGGAGCCCCCCGGGCGGCUCCUGGCCCAGGCGCAGCACGAGCGGGCGUUCCUGCGGGACGGGGUGCGGAGAGUCCCGGUGCGAGAGGGGAGGAUCCGGGCGACGCUUUUCCUGCCCCCCGGAAAUGGCCCCUUUCCAGGAAUUAUUGACUUGUAUGGAACUGGAGGAGGACUCCCUGAAUACAGGGCAUGCCUGCUGGCCAACUACGGCUUUACCGUGCUGGCUCUGGCUUUCUACAGCUAUGAAGAUCUCCCCAAAGAGAUGAAGGAAUUCCACCUGGAAUAUUUUGAAGAAGCUGUAAACUAUAUGUUACAACACACCCAGGUUAAAGGUCCGGGGAUUGGGUUGCUUGGAAUCUCGAAGGGGGGUGACCUGUGCGUCUCCAUGGCCUCCUUCCUAAAGGGCAUCACGGCCACCAUCCUUAUCAACGGCUCGGUGGCAAAUGUGGGUGCAUUGCUCCGCUACAAGGACGUCACCAUUCCACCCCUUGGUGUCAAUGCAAAACGCAUCAAGGUCAACGAGUCUGGGAUUGCUGAUAUUGUAGAUGUACUGAACAACCCGCUAGAAGGGCCUGACCGCCAAAGCUUUAUCCCUUUGGAGAAGGCCGAGUGUCGCUUCUUGUUCAUUGUUGGCCAGGAUGAUCGCAACUGGAAAAGUGAAUUCUUUGCAGUUGAGGGGAGCAAACGUUUGCAAGCUCACGGGAAGGAAAAGCCUGAGAUAAUCUGUUAUCCUGGAGCAGGGCACUACAUUGAACCCCCCUUUUUCCCGAUGUGUGCAGCCUCAAAGCACCUGCUAGUUGGCAAGCCUGUCUUGUGGGGAGGGGAGCCCAAGGCACACUGCGAGGCACAGGUAGAUGCUUGGCGGCAGAUCCAAGCUUUCUUCCGCAAACACCUCACAGGCAAGCCGUCUGGAACAUCCAGUAAGCUGUGAUGUGAGUUAGGUUACUUUACAGAUGAAGAUGCUGGUGUUUCAAGUUUGUUUUGUUAAAUGGCUCUGAGUGAGAGCAAAGAACAUCAGAGAAUAAGCUAUUUGGUUUCUUGGAGGAUGGUGGUGGGCGAGAGCAUGAGAGCUGCUUCCUUUUAACACCCUCCUCUAACCUUGGCUGGAGGUCUUGGCCUCUUGUUGUGUGUAGAAUGGGAUUACAAGCUGUGGAAAAAUGGCAGUGGUGUGGCUGGGUCUGCUUUGAAUGCGAAUUUAAGCGGAAGGUAACUCGUCCAAGCUGAGAACUGGGGUGAACACUUGCCUCGGCUUUCUCAGAGGAAACACGUUGUGUGCCAUUGCCCUUUCCAGAGCCAGCUUUGUGCUCUAGUUUUUCUGAAGGCAGUCGUUCUCUCUUCCUGCCUCCAGUAAUCUUUCCGUUCUCCCUCUGCGCUUCCCUCUCCUUCCUUGCUCCUUCCUCUUCUCCCACAUCACGGGAAUGCGUCUGCUGUAACACUUAAUAUCCGGGGAUUGUCAGUAGUGUUUGGCACCCAAGCGUGAGUUUGAAAGAAAAAGCGCUGCACAUCACUCGUGGGACGCUGGUGAGUUUGCGUUGUCGUAUAAAAACAAGUUUCUGACGUAUCGGUGCCUUACAACCGCCAGCUGAGUGGACGUAGCCUAUGCGGCUGU